AUGGUGGUGCAUCUGGUGAGUGGUUCAACUCCAAUCAAUUUGGGCAUUGGGCGAGAUAUUGACCUGGUAGCUUAUGGAAGUCACAAUAUCACACUUGGAAGAUAUGGUGGUGUUCCAAAACAACGCGUUAAUGGUUUCUUAGCCAAGUUGCAGGGAAAGAGAAUAUAUGAAGAAGUGAAGGGAUGCUUAAGUGUUGUGGAGAUUGAAAGGAUUAAGUCUGGUUUCUUUGAAGGUGUUUUUCUAGCUGAUGGUAUUCUGUCAUUGGCUGCAAGAAUGCUUUUGCAACAACAAACAACUCAGGCCUACUAUAAGAACAUGGAGAUUUCUGUUAAAUGGCCAGCAAAUUUUUUCCUGUGGAUUCAGCAGCUGGUUAGAGGUCUUGAUUGUGGAAGUGCUUUUGCCCUGAGGAGAAUAUAUGAAGAAGUGAAGGGAUGCUUAAGUGUUGUGGAGAUUGAAAGGAUUAAGUCUGGUUUCUUUGAAGGUGUUUUUCUAGCUGAUGGUAUUCUGUCAUUGGCUGCAAGAAUGCUUUUGCAACAACAAACAACUCAGGCCUACUAUAAGAACAUGGAGAUUUCUGUUAAAUGGCCAGCAAAUUUUUUCCUGUGGAUUCAGCAGCUGUACUGGCAGUAUGUUUCUGCAUCAGAAGCUCCAUCAAGGUAUGGUGUACAGAAGGAGGGUGCCGUUAAGUCUGGUUUCUUUGAAGGUGUUUUUCUAGCUGAUGGUAUUCUGUCAUUGGCUGCAAGAAUGCUUUUGCAACAACAAACAACUCAGGCCUACUAUAAGAACAUGGAGAUUUCUGUUAAAUGGCCAGCAAAUUUUUUCCUGUGGAUUCAGCAGCUGGAGUUGAUCUAUGGAGGGGUUUUGGAGUGUUGGUUUAUGGAUUCUAGUACUGGCAGUAUGUUUCUGCAUCAGAAGCUCCAUCAAGUUAAGUCUGGUUUCUUUGAAGGUGUUUUUCUAGCUGAUGGUAUUCUGUCAUUGGCUGCAAGAAUGCUUUUGCAACAACAAACAACUCAGGCCUACUAUAAGAACAUGGAGAUUUCUGUUAAAUGGCCAGCAAAUUUUUUCCUGUGGAUUCAGCAGCUGGUUAGAGGUCUUGAUUGUGGAAGUGCUUUUGCCCUGAG